CUUUCCAGCUGUUGUUUCCGACAGUAAGAAAUGCAACGAUUUGAUCUUUACGAGUUUACAUCAACUUAAACAACAUCGAAAUAAUUUAACUGGGGUCAUUAAAACACUACAUCAGGUCAUAAUAAUUUUAAACAUGACGGCUUUGAACGAAGCUGCUCUGCGGAAAAAUUUGUCAAAGACUUAUAAAUACAGGGAUCUGACUGUUCGGGACAUAAUGAACGUGACGUCUCAGUACAAAGAUCUUAAACCUGUGAUGGACAACUACGUGUUCAAUGAUGGCUCCACCAAAGAGCUGCUGAGUCUUGCAGGAACAGUGCCAGUAGGUUAUCGAGGAAAUGUGUAUAACAUUCCUGUCUGCCUGUGGCUUCUCGACACCUAUCCCUACAAUCCCCCCAUCAGUUUUGUCAAACCCACAAGUGCCAUGAUGAUCAAAACAGGGAAACAUGUUGAUGCUAAUGGAAAGGUCUACCUCCCUUACCUGCAUGAAUGGAAACCUCCUCAGUCACAUUUGUUCGGACUGAUCCAGGUGAUGAUUGUGGUGUUUGGAGAGGAGCCACCUGUCUUCUCAAGGCCCAGCACUCAGCCAUCUUACCCAGCAUUCCCAGCAGCUGGCCCACCCAACACUGCUUGUAUGCCAAACUCACCAGGCUUGCCAUUUAGCCAAAGUCAUGCUACCAAUACCAAUUCAGGUGGUUUUCAGGGCUAUCCUUAUCCUGCGUCAGUUUCUGGAUACCCCGCUACAACUGCUCCAGUCUAUACUCCAGUGUCUCCUGUCACCACAGUCGGUCCCACUGCUUACGGUACCAUCGGAGAGGACACAAUCCGUGCAUCUUUGGUGUCUGCGGUAAGUGACAAAUUGCGAUGGAGGAUGAAAGAAGAGAUGGAUCGAGCUCAGGCAGAGCUGGAUGCACUGAAACGGACAGAGGAGGACCUGAAAAAAGGCCACCAGAAGCUGGAGGAUAUGGUGACUAAACUGGACCUAGAGAUGACUGAUGUUGACCGAAAGAUUGAGCUCCUUAAGCAGAAAGAUGAGGAGCUGACUGUUGCCUUGGGGAAAAUGGAUAACCAGUCAGAGGACAAUGACAUUGAUGAUGUGAUUGUGCCCACUGCUCCACUUUAUAAGCAGAUUCUGAACCUCUAUGCUGAGGAAAAUGCCAUAGAAGACACUAUCUUCUACCUGGGUGAAGCAUUACACAGAGAUGUCAUUGACUUGGAUGUCUUCCUCAAGCAUGUAAGGCUUCUCUCCAGAAAACAGUUCCAGUUGCGAGCCUUGAUGCAGAAAGCCAGGAAAAUAGCAGGUCUCAGUGACUUGUACUGACUUGCCCAAAUAGUUUCUGACCCUCUUAGUUAUACCGCUUGUACUGUAUGGCAAGGACCCUGCAUUUUAUCCUUCCAAGUAGGAGGCUUUGGGUUCUCCUUUUCCAGACACUAACCUAAAUCACACUGUUUAUCAGUAUAGAAUGAUUUGAAGGUUAACUGUAAUAUUACCAGGACCAAAAUCCUAAAUCUCUGUGAAACGCAGCCUUAUAAACUGCAAUUGUUGCACUUUUUGGACAUUUUGCCUCCUAUUCUUCUAAUCGUCUUUUUAUAAAUAGGGUAAAGGGACCGAGGUUCGGGAAUUUUCCAUGCGCAACCCAGAAUGUUUGUCUUAUGCUAUUCUUAAUUGAUUGUCAAAAAAAAUCAGCGCUUUUAUUUUUAGAUAGUAAAUAAUGUUUUUAAUUGUAUCCAGAAUUGAAUCAUUCUUUAUUGCAUAACACACUUUUGCAGAUCUGCUUUGCCUGACAUAACUAUUCUUAUUUACAAUAUACAGUCAAUGUACUUUGAAUAUGUGUAGAGAAACAUUAAACAGCAGGUUGAAAUGGUCCUGCACAAUUCACAGAAUAUUAUAAAGAUAUUUUUAGAUAUCUGUUUGAUAUAUGAUAUAUAAAAACCACAAUGUAUGAUGGGGACUCAUUAUUGCAAAGACAUGUCGAGUAAUGUUUAAUCACUAAAAGUAUGUUUGAAAUGAGUUGUAACUACAUUGUAAUCAUGAAUGAAACCAGGGAAUAACCAAAUUAUUGUGUAGUAUGUCUUGAAGGUAUUUAUGAAUUACAUAUGGUAUCUGAAAUAAAACACA